AUGGACGCGAGUCAAGUGCCGGUGAUGCCUCCAUCAACACUCUCUCCAACAAAGAGAGCAUUUCUACAAGCCAGCGAACGUCUACCGGAAGCGAGUCCAGAUAUGAAGCGCGCACGCGAUCGACUUGGAACUCUGCUGGAUUCGAUCAAAAAUGGGACCAUGUUGCCUCUAGGCUACGAUUCGAAGCCGGCGAUUGAUUCGAAGCAGGGCAAGAUCAAGAUACUUCCCAAAUCCAAGAAAGAACGACGCGUCGUUUUCGAGUUGCGUGGCAAGUCAUUUGGGCUAAAAGAGAAUGAGACCCAGGAUUCGGUAUAUGCGUUAUGUCGAACGUGGCUGAAAGGGCGUGAAGAGAAUGAAAACGGAAAUGAAGAUGUGCCUAGACCACCAUCAAGAGCACAAUCUCCAAAAGAUGAUCAAUUGGAUCUCCUCGCCACGAAAGAAAUCAAUGCAUUACCCGGGGCACGUCAAACGCGACAGCCGGUUUUGCCGCCAACAAAAGACACCAAAAGGGCCGAAGAUAUGGUAGAUGCUACUGAUUCGAAAGCUGUUUUGAAUGCAUAUGUUGGUCGAUUGAAGCAAGUGAAACAGAGAUGGCGUGACUAUGCGAAAGAACGAGACGCGCCGUACGAACGGAGCAUCAAACUGAUCAAGACCGUCCAUCACAUCGCUCAGCAAAAUCAACAUUAU